AUGUUGGAAGGCCUGGUGGCCUGGGUUCUGAACACAUACCUGGGGAAAUAUGUCAGCAACCUGAACACAGACCAGCUCUCCAUCGCCCUCCUCAAAGGGGCCGUGGAGCUGGAGAACCUCCCUCUGAGGAAAGAUGCCCUCCGAGAGUUUGACCUUCCAUUUGAAGUAAAAGCAGGCUUCAUUGGAAAGAUUACUCUGCAGAUCCCUUUCUACCGGCCUCACAGUGACCCGUGGGUGAUCUCCAUGUCCCAGCUCAACCUCAUCAUUGGCCCGGUGCAGCUGCAGGAAUACGACGGAGAGAAGGAGAGAGAGGAGGAGAGGGAGCGCAAAACACGCCUCCUGAAGGUUCUGGAGGACAAAUUCAAAAGUGAGUGUGAGCAGAAAGGAGAGUCGUACUGGUACUCUGCCACCGCCUCAGCGGUCACUAGGAUUGUGGAAAACAUUGAGCUGAACAUCCAAGAUGUGCAUCUCAGAUUUGAAGAUGACUUCUCCAACCCAGAGAAACCCUUUUCCUUCGGAGUUUGCAUCCAUAAUGUUUCUGCCCAGAACCCCUCCAAAGAGACAGUCCAGAAGCAGCGCCGGCAGAAGCAGCUGGAGAUAGAAGACUUCAGCGUGUACUGGGACACAGAGAGUGAAAUACUGGGGAAGCUGCCUGCCAAUCAGAUCCAGGAAGCGAUGACUCGGUGUAUGCAGAGCCGUGACCAUCAGUACAUCUUUGAACCUGUGUGUGCCUCCGUGCUGCUCAGAAGAAACACCUCCAAGGAGCCUCUGAGGGCCCGACACACGCCACGCAUCGAGGGCCAAGUUCAGCUGGAGCCCAUGUCCUUGCGCCUGUCACAGGUCCAAUACCAGCAGAUCAUGGCAUUCCUUAAAGAGCUGGACCGUCGGGAGAGAGAGAUGCUUUACCAGAAGUGGAGACCGAAGGUGCCAAUUUCAGGAAAUUGCGGGCAGUGGUGGAUGUUUGCCAUCCAGGCCAACCUGAGUGAGAUCCGGGAGCAGCGGCGGAGGGGCAGCUGGGACUUUGCUCUGCAGCGGGCCCGAGACGCUCAGACCUACACCAGCCUGUACUUCAGGAGGCUGAAAGGAAUCCCGCUGAGUCCUCAAGAGGAGAGCGAGCUGCAGCGAGUGGAAGAGGAGCAGACCCUCGAGGAGCUGCAGAGUCUCCGAGAAAUAGUUCAUGACUGGUUCCGAAAGCAGGAAGAAAUCGCAGAGAAUGUGCGCGAGCCCAGCAGUGACCCCCCGCCCUGUGAACCCCCCACAUCCAUCCCGAAGAGUGGGAGCUCAGGAAUGAUCCAGUACCUGCAGUCCUGGUUCCCGGGCUGGGGAGGCUGGUAUGGAGAGUCCCAGGACCCAGAGAGGCCUGAGGACCUUCUGCCCAGUCCGUCCACCUGGGACAUUCUGGCAGAGACAGAAGACCUGUUCGACCCGUUGGAGGACUCUCACACUCUGAACACGUUCACUAGGAGAGAUCACCUGUUUGCACGGCUGGAGUUCUUACUGGAGAAGGGCGGAGUCACGCUCUUCCACCAGGACAGGAGGGGGGGCUCGCUCAACGAAAGUGGGGUCAUCCAGUUGGAAUUUUCAGGGGUGAAGGUGAGUCUGGAGUCCCUCCCUCGCUCUGAGUCCUCUCUGCUGUCUGUAAAGCUGGGGGGGCUUUUCCUCAGAGACCUGACUACUCAGGGCACCAUCUUCCCCGUCCUGGUGUCUCCCAAAACGGACAAAGUUGUUGUUGCCCUCAACCAGCCAUCGGGCCACUCCGGCAGUUCCUCUGGAUGCAACGCAGAGUGCUCGUCAUCACCAGUGUUUGAAAUGAUUUAUGAGCGAAACCCUGUAAGGUGUCAGUUUGAGCGGAGACUGGAAGUGAACACCAGUCCACUGAACAUCAUCUACAACCCGCAAGCAAUCAAAAAAGUGACAGAGUUUUUCUAUAAAGGAAGGGUUCAUACCUCUGGCUUUGGCUAUCAGUCAGAGCUGGAACUGAGAGUGGCCGAAGCGGCCAGGAGGCAGUACAACAAGCUGAAGAUGCAGACUAAAGCAGAGAUCCGACAGACCAUUGAUCAGCUGCUUGUGGGAGAGUUUAUUGAAAACGGCAAGCGUUGGACCAUGAAACUGGACAUCUGUGCACCUCAGGUGAUUUUCCCUGAUGACUUCCAGUCAGAGGACCCGAUGCUAGUUGUUGUUGAUUUAGGCAGGAUUCUCCUCACAAACUCUCAAGAUGACACAAAGACCAGCUUAAAAGCUACCCAACCUGAAAGGGAAGACAUGAGUGAAGAUGAAUACCAGACCCCCCUUGCCACCCCACCAGAGUCUCCACCACCUGAACUAGAUAUGUCUUUUAAAGAACAGCUCAAAAGCCCUGAACUCCCCAGCCUCACAUCCCCUGAAGGAACCCAGGCCUACAGGAGAAAGCUUUAUGAAAAGUACUCCUUGUCUUUUAAGGACCUGCAGAUAAUGGUUGGUCGCUGCAAGGACAACUGGAAACAUCUCCAAGAGAGUGAGGUGGGGCCUACUCACGUGGUGGAGAAGUUUAAUGUGCUGCUUCAGCUUGAGCAGAGACUGCGCUACACUUCGGACCCCCAGCUCCCAGGGGCUGUGCUGUCAGGAACUCUACCAGACCUAAAGGUCCAUAUCAACCUUGAGAAGAUGACUGCCCUUAGGAGUUGUCUGGCUAGGCUAAGCAGUGAAGGGGACAAAAGCCAAGAGAAGAGCCCAAAUAUACGGUCCCCUGACCCCCUUACCCUCCGCCAUGACAAGAUCUUUCAGAGGGAGGACAGCUCCUGGAAGCUUCAGGGGUCAGCCAAGAACCUGACCCAGAGUGUGAUGACUUUAGAGCAGCACACACGGGAAGUACUGGUGGAAUCCCGUCUGCUUUUAGCGGAAUUCAACAUCAACUACAUGCAGCUUGGUGUAGAAAGCGAUGGCCGCUACAUAUGUGUUCUCAAGGUAUUUGGCACAAAUGCUAAUUUUGUCAAGCGGCCUUAUGAUGCUGAAGUCUCUCUAACUGUCCAUGGAAUUCUGCUGGUAGACACCUUACAGACCUAUGGCUCAGACUUCGACCUCCUUGUGGCUUCACACAAAAAUCUCAGUUUUGACAUACCCUCGGGCAGCCUCCGGGAGAGCCAGCCUUCAUCCCCAUUGUUGUCCGAUGGCAGGUCUCUCGAGCAUCAGUGCCAUCAUACUGCGUUAUCCUCUGGUAUGCCUACUGAUAGAAUCUCCCCCUUCAGUUCCUUUAUCAAAGACCAGGAGGCCCUGAUAAAGCUUGAGUACCAGUUUGUGAGCUCAGACUGCCCCUCCAUGAACCUGGACAGCUCCCUUCAGGUGACUAGCAUGCAGGUCAAUAACUUGGACAUCAUUCUCAACCCUGAGACCAUGGUGGAGCUACUCAAGUUCCUCCAGAAGUCUUUUCCUAAAGAAGAAAGCUCCUGGACAUCGUCAGCACAGCAAUAUCCAACACAGCCCUGCAGUGAGGAAGAGGAAGGGACAUAUCAGGCCACAUAUGACCAGAACAAAGAGCUGACUGUGGAGAUCCAUCGUCUUAACCUGCUUCUACUCCGGACUGUGUCCACUGGCAGUGCCCUGUUUGCUGAGAAGAAAGGGUUGAAGAUUGCCACUGCCAGCAUCACCGGCACCAAGGUCAAUGUGUCCAUGGGUAGUCGUUUGGACAUCAAUGGGUCCCUCGGGUCCAUGCAGUUGGUUGACCUGACCCAGGAAGGAGGCCGAAGCCAGUUUGUGGUUAGCAUUGGUAGUGCUGAUAGCUCCUGCAGUGUUGGCGGAUUAACCUUCCUUGCUGACUCAGAAGGUUCUUCCUCAGAAGCUUUAAACUUUCGCCUGAUGGAGAAAUCCCAAGGGGAGUGUUCCUUGCAACUUCAAAUGGCCUCCUUGCAUUAUAACCACUCAGCCAAGUUCCUGAAGGAGUUGAGUCUGUCUGCCAAUGAGGUCGAAGACAAUUUCCGCUCCAUGCUGAAAAGCGCUGCCACCAAAGUGUCAACAGUUCUAGCCACCAAGACGGCAGAGUACAGCGGCAUGGUUUCGCUCUUUGAGACUCCCUCACGGAGAACUCAGAGUCAGAGCUGGGCUUAUCCAUAUGAGGAUGAGGAGGAUCCUCCCGUGGAGGAACCUGAAUCCACCUUAGACACAUUCUUGGUGAAGCUGACUCUCAAUAUUAGCAUUGAAUCACCUGUUGUUUCCAUUCCCCGUAAACCUGGACACCCCGAGCUGUUGGUUGGUCAUCUGGGAAGCAUCACAAUUCAGAAUUUUGUUACCGGGCAAGACUCUGAAGGAGAGAAGUUACAGGUGUUGGUGAAAGAUAUCCGACUGUAUUCAGUCAACAUGAGUCACUUGGUGUUGAAGAGGACACACAGAGUGGGCAGCAUGUCCCCAUCCCACAACGGAAGCAUCAAUCAUGAUGAGCCACAGUUCACACGCCAUGACUUCUUUGAAUCCCUCAGCCGUGGAAAAGCGUUCCAUAUAUUGAAAGACACCACUAUACAGUUCACCCUGGAGAAGAUUCCAGUUGAAGAAGACAUCCAGUUCACUUUCCUCACGGCAGAGGAGCCCUGUAAGAGUACGGGGCUCCUGCGAAUCGAGGGCAAAUUUGUCAACUCUGUUCAGGUGUUCCUGUGCAAGCCUGUGUAUGAACAAGUACUGCAGACAUUGGACAAUUUGUCCUUCAUUGAGGAGCAGCGUGUCACACCCAGCCAACCGCCCACACCCCCUCCACCAACACCUUCUUCCACCAGACCUCACCGGUUUCCUGACCCCCAGGGAGGGCUGUUUGCAAGGGACCCUCCCUAUAAUAGCUUCUCCCACUCGUCACUUUCCUCUCCUUUGCCUCUCCAGCAUCACAAACCCGCUCUCCACUCCUCCUUUACUCAGAUCAAAGUCACCUUACACGUGGCAGAGCUGCAGGUGCAGCUCAGUGCUGAUCUGACCCAGGGAUCCCAGGGCUUGGUCAGCCUGCGCUUCCAAGAUCUGGAGGGAGACUUCACCAAAGACCACCCUCAUCUACUGACGGUCCAGCUGGCUCUGCGCUCGCUGCUGAUGGAGGACCUCCUAGAACAGAACCCCGAGUCUAAAUACAAACAUUUGAUGGUGUCUCAUGGAGCUCCCAAGCCCUCCACCUUCAGCCCAAAGGAGUACCUUUCCCAAAGCUGUCCAUCAGCGUCCAACGCGCUGUACCCAGACAUGCCCCGCUCCCUGCCGGCACACAUGGAGGAAGCCCAGAACGUCUUUCAGCUCUACCAGAGGCACCCCAGCACCCCUUCAGCUGCCACGCGCAAAUCCAAGAGAGACCCAGACUGUCCCAACACUCCCCCACCCUCCCCUACCCGUCAUACACCAUCCCCUCAGCCCCCUCCAGACUUUGAUGACUCCCUAGUUCAUAUCAAUGUACUGCUGGUGGACCAGAACCACCCAGAGUUCAAAACACGCUAUGGCAGAGUGGGACGGAGCGUUGAUGUGGACUUCAACUGCCUGGAUGUUCUGAUCACUCUGCAGACCUGGGUGGUUAUCCUCGACUUCUUUGGGAUUGGUUCCACUGCCAAUAACCAUGCAGUGAAGGUGCCACCUAUGUCACCCCCCCAAGAGCCAGGACAGCCUCUGUAUGAGCCUGACAUCAUCGAGGAGGAGAUGUCCGAGCCUGUCAACACUAAAGUGGACCUUAAGGUUCAUUCUUUGUCUCUUGUACUAAACAAGAAGAUCAAUGAGCUUGCCCGAGCCAGUGUGUCCAAACUGUCAGCUCAUCUAGAAAUGAUGGAUGGCGACCUGGCAUUACAAGGCAGUUUAGGGAGUUUGUCCUUGAGUGACCUUACCCCACAUGGGGAUCUGUACCGAGAGCGCUUCACCACCCGAGGAGGGGAGGCCCUUAUUUUCAACAUCCAUAAGUACGGCCAGCCUGACCCUGACCUGGAGCGGGAAUGUGACAUCAAGGUGUCCCUGCAGAUGGCCUCCGUGCAGUACGUCCACACCCAGCGCUUUCAAGCCGAAGUGGUGGCCUUCAUCCAGCAUUUCACUCAGCUGCAGGAUGUCCUUGGCAGGCAGAGGGCUGCUAUGGAGGGCCAGGCUGUGCGAGAACAUCCUCAGCGGGCUUCCAGGGUUCUGCUGGAUAUUGAGGCUGGUGCCCCAGUUAUUCUCAUCCCAGAGAGCUCGUGCUCGCGGAGGGUCAUUGUGGCUAACCUCGGCCAGCUGAGGGUGCAGAACAGCUUCCUGCCAGCAGGGGCUCAUGGGACUUUCUCCCUCAGAGACAAGGUAGAGAAACUCACCAUGGCACAUGCCUUUUUCCCUUCUCUGGAGCGUGUGAGAGCGGCGGGGAGGAAUACUGAGCCAGAAAAGCCCAGGACACCCCCUUCAAAAUCCACAGGGUUCACCCUAGGCAGGCCACAGGUCCCAGACACAUGGGGGGGCCCAGAGGGGGAUGAACCUCACAUCUUAGAGGAGCACGUGUGCCUGCUGGACUGCAUCGCCCUGGACCUACAGGAGGUGGAUGUCUUUGCUGCAGAGCGUCUGCCUUCUGGUAAACCUCCCGAAUCCUCAGACCUCCUCUUCCCCUCCUACUCGGUCCGUCGCACCGGUGAGAACCUGCUGAAGGCCUGCUGCCGCCUGGAGCUGAAAGUGGAACGCAACCUGGAUAAGGAGCUGAGCCAUGCAGUCCCUGACAUGUCUAUCCAUGGCUGCCUGUCGUCAGUACACUGCUCUCUGGACCUGGAGCACUACCAGCUGAUCCGAGGCCUGCUGGAGAACAACCUGGGGGAGCCUUUUGAAGAUUUCCUGCGACCUUACAACUUACAGGACCCCAGCAGCUAUACGGUGUUAAGUGGAGAUGUCUAUACUAGCAUGUCUUUCCUGGUGGACAUGAUGGAUGUCAGUCUGGAGCUCUUGGACAGCCCAACACACACGGAACAUAAACGCUCAUUAGCAAGGUUUGACUUCAUGAAAUCAAAGCUACUCUUUGAGAGUUUCUCCAAUGGAUCCAAGUCUGUUAACCUGGUGUCUCAUUCACUGCUGGCAUAUGACACUCGCUGUAACGGACCCAACACAAGCCCAGGGGGGGCCGCAGGGGGGCGGCACAAUGUGUUUGACUGCAUACUCCAGCCCUCUAAAACCGGCAGCAACCGGGCCACACUGCAGCUGGAGCUGCACUACAGAUCCACGCGGGACUCCUCCUGCUUCACUGUGGUGCUGAACAACCUGAGAGUCUUCCUCAUCUUCGACUGGCUAAAGCUGGUGAGAGACUUCCUGCGGGUGCCGGUGGAGAAGGUGCCGGCAGCCGCUGAACCUCGUCCGAGCCGGCCCUGUGACGCCAGCACGGACCCGGGCCCCGCCACCACCAGCACCAUCGGUGCCGUCAUGCCAAAGACGGUAAAGAGCGGGGUGGUCACCAAGAGAUCCACAGUGCCCGUCACUCAGGACCGCUGCCUGGAGGUCAAGAUCAACAUCACAGGUACAGAGUUUGUGGUCGUUGAGGACUCGUCUUGUUUGGAUACCAACGCCAUCAUUCUGAAAGGCACCACCGUCCUCACCUACAAACCACGCCUGCUGGACAGACCCUUCUCUGGCAGCCUUGCAGGAAUAGAGGUGUUCUCGUGUCGGCUGGGCAGUGAGCAGGAGACGGCCCUGUCCAUUAUCGACCCAGUCAACAUUCAGGUGGAGCUGUGUGGGAGCCCAACAUACCAGAGCAGCUCAGGCCUACUGGACGCCUUCAACGUGGAGGACAUCCCCCCACUACUGGAGAUUCAGUUUCCUACUCUGGACAUCCGUCUGUCCUACAAUGACAUUCAGCUCUUCUUGGCCAUCGCCCGGUCCAUCCCUACCUCCAGUUCCACACUGCCCUCUGACUGUGAGAACAGCACUACGCAUGCAACUACACCCAAAGACCUUUUCAGGCAGAAGACGGAGGCCCUCAUAGCGGGCCAGCUGACCCAUUUACAGGACCUUGGCUUCAGGAAAGAGGACUGCAAAAGAGCCCUGAUGCACUGCAAAGGCCAGCUGGACCAGGCUGCCACGUGGCUGCUAGAGAAUGCUGAGACCAUGGCGGGCCAUGCCAGGGUCCGGGCCGACUCUGCCUCCAGCAGCCACUCUGCUCCUCUGUCGGGGGUGGAGGUGAAGGCUGAGAGUGUGUGCAUCUGCUUCAUUGAUGACUGCCUGGACUGUGACAUACCUCUAGCUGAGCUCACCUUCUCCAGGCUCUAUGUGCUACAGCGCAUCGGUUCCACGCAGGAAGGAAACGCCAGCUUCACUCUGUCAGGAGACUACUACAACAGAGAGUUGUCGGGCUGGGAGCCCUUCAUCGAGCCAUGGCCCUGCUUCAUCUCCUGGCAGCAGCAGGCCGCCGGCCGUCUCCACCCUCCACGUUUUAAGAUGGGAAUUCGAGCCAAGCAGAGACUGGACGUCAACAUCACCUCUGUCCUGUUGGAACAAUACAACACCACCAAAAGCUCAUGGAUAGCGGACUACUGUAAGGAGGAGGAACAGACCCCCCAGUCUUCACCCCCCCUGACCUGGAUGGGCUCCUCAGUCGACCCACCUAGCUUUGUACAGACUGAUGUUAAGCUGUCCAAGAGGAGGCAGCCGUUUGUGCCCUACGCGCUGCGCAACCACACAGGAUGCACCAUGUGGUUCGCCACUCUGACCACCACCCCCACCAGGGUGGCACUGUCUCACAGCAGCAGUGCAGACUCCAUCUCAGACGUUCAUGGCCCAGGGACUGAUGACACCCACAAUGUGAGCCAGUGGUGGGAGGUGCUGCCCGGGGAGGAAGUCCCCUUUGAGUUUGAAGCCCGAGAGAAACUCCGCCACAGACACACUCAUGAGCUGAAGCUGCACCAGCUGCUGGUGCGGGUGUGUGGGUGGGAGCAGGUGAAGCCGGUGUCGGUGGACAAAGUUGGCGUGUUCUUCCGUUAUGCAGCUCCGGACAGAAACAGCUCCUCCAACACGGUCGGCAGUCCUAUUAGCAGAACCAACAUCAUCCACCCGCAUGUUUAUUUCUCGGCCCUGCCUCCAGUCAGAGUGGUGUUCUCCAUCACCAUGGAGGGCAGUGCCAGGAAGGUGAUCACUGUCCGCUCGUCCCUCAUGGUGAAGAACCGGCUGGAUGUUCCUAUGGAAGUCCGCCUGGACAGCCCCUCUGCUCCUGACAAGCCCGUGGUGCUUCCUCCUAUCCUUCCAGGCCAGGCCUUGGCGGUGCCCCUCCACCUCACGUCCUGGCGUCUGCAGGCCCGGCCCAAAGGCCUGGGCGUGUUCUUCUGUAAGGUUCCCAUCCACUGGACCAGCGUGGAGCGGUUCGGGGAGAUCAGCAGCAGUAAGAGGGACUGUCAGUCUGCAGACUUUGAUGACAGCCUCAAGCGUGACUUCAGAUUCUCUGUGGUCAUCAAAAAGGAGAACUAUCCGGAGCAGCAGCCUGCCAAGAGGGUUGCAGGCAGUGCAAAAGAGAUCUAUCGGCAGCCGGGCCACACCAUCUACCUGCUGCCCACCAUGGUGCUGGCCAACCUGCUGCCCUGUGACCUCAACUACUACAUCAAGGGCACAUCCAUCAGAGGCUCCCUGAAGCCGGGGAAAGAGGCGGUGCUUCACGCUGCCGACACUUCUCAGAACAUGGAGCUAGGAGUCCUGCUGGAGAGCUUCCCUGUGUGCAAAGAGCUGCUUAUUCCCCCCGGCACUCAGAACUAUGUGGUGCGCAUGAGGUUGUAUGACACCAACAAACAUCUGCUCUGCCUCACCAUCCGCAUCAUCCUGCGAGCACAGGGGGCUCUGAAGAUCCUGAUCUCUGCCCCCUACUGGCUUAUCAACAAGACUGGCCUGCCGUUAAUAUUUCGUCAGGACAACGGCAAAGCUGAUGCUGCUGGCCAGUUUGAGGAGCACGAGCUGGCCCGGAGCCUCAGCCCCCUGCUGUUCUGCUACACAGACAAGGAGCAGCCUGCUAUGUGCACGAUGCGGAUCGGGAAAGGGAUCCACCCAGACGGAGUUCCAGGCUGGUGCCAGGGCUUCUCCCUGGACGGGGGCAGUGGAGUGAGGGCAGUGAAGGUCAUCCAGCACGGCAACAGGCCUGGCCUCAUCUAUAACAUAGGCAUCAGUGUGCGGAAAGGGAAAGGACGCUACAGGGACACACACAUAGUGACUUUUGCCCCGCGCUACCUCCUGGACAACCGCUCCACACACCAACUGGCCUUCGCUCAGAGAGAGUUUGCAAGAGGAAAGGGUACGGCUAACCCAGAGGGUUACAUCUCCACCCUGCCGGGCUCCAGCGUGGUCUUCCACUGGCCCCGCAAUGACUACGACCAGCUGCUGUGUGUGCGCCUCAUGGACACCCCCAACUGCACUUGGUCAGGAGGCUUCGAGGUCAACAAACCAAAGUCCUUCCAUAUCAACAUGAGGGACACACUGGGGAGCUGCUUCUUCCUGCGGACAGAGAUCACCCUGAAGGGAGCCACCUACCAGAUUUCCUUCUCUGACACGGACCAGCUGCCUCCACCCUUCCGUAUCGACAACAUCUCUGAAGUGCCGAUCCAGUGCUGGCAGCAUGGUGUGGCUGAUGUCCGCCUGCACACUGAGGUGAAGGCGGGCUGCGUGCUGGACUACGCCUGUGAUGAGCCCACCCUGCCCCCCUACCUCACUCUGACUGUGAAGGGGGCGGGGUCCUCAGAGGUCACUGCAGACAUGAACUUCUUCAGAGAGUACAACAAGCUUUACUACGAGAACUUCAUCUACAUCGCUGCCACACACACCUUCUCCCCGAGAGUGGAGAAGAGGCCUGUUGGGAAAAAGCGUCUGGUGAGCUGUGCUGAACUGGUUCUCGACGUGGACACUAAGACUCAAAGGGUCAUCCUGAAAAAGAAGGAGCCGGGGAAGCGUUCCCAGCUGUGGAGGAUGACGGGGACCGGCAUGCUGUGCCAUGAGGGCUCGUCCCCCCCGCAGAGCAAGCCUGCACAGCCCCGCCCCCUGGACUCUUCUCUGGUGCUGGACAUCGCAGGGCUCGCAGCUGUUAGUGACAACAGUUUCGAGCCGCUGAUGCUGAGGAGGCCAGACUCGCGCCGCAGCACCACCCAGACCUGGUACUUCAGCUCCGGCAUGCUGACCUGCGGCCUGCCUCGGCUGGUGGUGCAGGUGAAGGGUGGGCUGUCAGGUUUGUAUGAUGGAGCAGAGGUGGUGCUUGGACCAGACUCAAGCCUGCAGGCUCCUGGCCCUGAGCAACAGUUCAUCAACCAGAAGAUGAGGCCGGGUUCUGGUGUGCUGUCAGUCCAGGUGCUGCCGGACGGACCCACACGCGUCCUACAGAUCAGUGAUUUUAACCAGAGGAGAAUGAUCCGCAGCUCCCCCAGCACAGAGCAGGACCGGGGGAAGGAGGAGGUGAAGAAGAAGGAGCCUGAGCAUGAGCUGGAGGUGUUGGUGAACCUGGAGGAGGGUGUGGGGGUGUCUCUGGUCAACAAGGUCCCAGAGGAGUUGGUGUUCACCACACUGUCAGGGAUAGAUGUCCACUUCACUCGCACUGCGGCGAACGAGGUGCUGGAGCUCAGCAUCCAGAACAUCCAGGUGGACAACCAGCUGCUGGGCAGCACGCAGCCUGUGAUGCUGUGUGUGACGCCUAGCUGCAGCGACAGCAGUGUGAGCGACAGCGGCCCCGCCCUGCAGGUCAACUCUGUGAAAGUUCCCAGCAGCCUCAUGCUCACGGACCUGUUCAAGCACCUCAUGGUGACCGCCCGCCGCUUCACCGUCAUCAUCGAGGAGAAGCUGCUGCUCAAGCUGCUCAGCUUCUUUGGAUAUGGACAGACUGAGGCUGAGCUGGAGAAAUUGGAUGAACACAUCUAUGAGAAGCCCAGCGAGGAAACGGGACCUCCCAAGCGCUACUACUUUGAGAACCUGAAGAUCAGCCUGCCCCAGGUCAAACUGAGUGUGUUCACCUCUCACAAGCUGCCCCCCGACCUCAAGGCUCUGAAAGGCACCCUGGGCUUCCCUCUGGUCCGCUUUGAGGAUGCUGUCAUCAACAUGUACCCCUUCACCAGAGUGCACCCCUAUGAAACCCAGGAGAUCAUCAUCAAUGACAUCCUCAAACACUUCAGAGAGGAGCUGAUGAGCCAGGCCGCUCAGAUCCUGGGCUCCGUUGACUUCCUGGGGAACCCCAUGGGGCUCCUGAACGACGUGACGGAGGGCAUGUCUGAGCUCAUCAAGUACGGCAACGUAGGGGGGCUCAUACGCAAUGUGACCCACGGAGUGUCCAAUUCUGCUGCCAAGUUUGCAGGGACGUUAUCAGACGGGCUGGGAAAGACCAUGGACAACCGGCACCAGAGUGAGCGAGAGUACAUCCGGUACCACGGGGCCACCAGCGGGGAGCACCUGGUGGCAGGGAUCCACGGACUGGCACAUGGUAUCAUUGGAGGCAUGACGAGCAUCAUCACCUCCACGGUGGAGGGCGUGAAGACUGAGGGCGGAGUGGGCGGCUUCUUCUCGGGCCUGGGCAAAGGUCUGGUCGGCACAGUGACCAAACCGGUGGCUGGGGCUCUGGACUUUGCCUCAGAGACGGCUCAGACGGUCCGGGACAUGGCUAGUCUCAGUAACCACAGGCUGGGGGUGCAGCGGGUCAGGAAGCCGCGCUGCUGUAAGGGCCCCCAGGGUCUGCUCCCCCGACACUCGGCCACUCAGGCAGAGGGGCAAGAGCAGCUGUUCCGCCUGACGGACAACAUCCACUCUGAGUUCUUCAUAGCUGUAGAGCCCAUCGACAGCUACUGCGUCCUCAUCUCCUCUAAGGUGGUGUACUUCCUGCGGCCGGGGGAGUACGUGGACCGAGAGGCCAUCUUCCUGGAGGUGAAGUACGACGACCUGUACCACUGCCUUGUCUCUAAGGAUCAUGGGAAGGUGUAUGUGCAGCUCACCAAGAAGGCAGAGAGCACCAGCAGUGGGGUGGCCAUGCCGGGACCCUCCCACCAGAAACCCAUGGUCCAUGUGAAAAGUGAGAGUCUGGCCAUCAAAAUCUCUCAGGAAAUCAACUAUGCCAAGAGUCUGUACUACGAGCAGCAGCUGAUGCUUCCUGCCAGCGAGAACGAGGACUGCUUACUGCUGGAGUCCUAAUCACUGUUUUACAAGGAUUGGUCACUUUUCUUAAAACCUGAGACGGUCAGGGCUUUUAUUGAUAUUUGUAGGCCUGAGUAUUUUAAAGGGAACAGUCGGACCCGUGGCUCAGUCACAUGACCUGAUGUCUGGCAAUUGAAAUCUCAUCAUAUGCGAGGCACUGUGAGUUUGAUGAAGAAACACUGGCUCCAUGUUUAUAUGUUCUAUAUGUUUGUGUAUAGACAGAAAUGUAAAUAUAGCUGCAUACCAAUCCCAAACACCAGUGUACAUACUGUAUUGAUUAUGAAGUGUGGAGAACAACAGAACAAGCCGAUGUGAAAUAUAAAACAAACUGCCUUUCCCUCUAUUUUGUGUAUUAGUGAAAAUUACUUGGCGGAAGGGGGGUAAUAGCACUGACACAGGGAGGGAGGGGACCUGCAGCCCCCCCCUGCCUCACACACUGAAGCUGCCUGUCUCCGUCUCUGCCUUUUACAAUCACACACCUCCAGGUCGGACAUGUUUUAUUUGAACCCUUUUUUAACGAGAUGCUUCCAUCUGCAGAGUCCUGCUCCACAGGGCGGAGCACCCUUCCUGAGUGUUGGUGUUUGGGUUUAGCUUGGUGUCAGGAGAGAUAUUCCUGAGUUAUGUGUUAGAGGAGUGGAUAUGUGCUCUUUACAAUAACCUUCAUGUGGACACACUUCAAAUAAAGCCCCCCUGACAGCA